AAUUUAUUUGAAAGGUAUGUUGAGCAAAGACUUGUUGAAAGGUCUGUGGGAACAAUUCGCCUUUCUGCUUCUGCUCACAAUGCAACCAGAUAAGCAACAACCAUGGAAGAUCUACAUUCAUGCCAAAGCCAAACACUUCAAUUUCAAGCUGAAGGCCACCACCUCAUUUUUACCCUCUUGCAAGCUCUUUCCUUUCUCCAUCAACAUCAAGCUCCGUCAUUCUCUUCUCAAAGUGAGAUCAAAGCCCCAAGUUUCAUUUUCCGUGAAACGAAAAUCCUUCAAAUCCAAAUUCCUCCGUUUUCUCGGAAAAUUCCAUCCUCGACCCACCAAGGACAAAGCAAUUGCUGCCAAACCCACCUCCAAUCUCGGACACCCACUACCUAAUUCCCCAGAAAAUCGAUCCAAACAGUCUUCUUCUCAGGAAGCCAUAUGUAUAGGUUCAGCAAUCUUUGGAUGCCUUGCUGUUUUGUCCCAAUCAAUUUCUCAGAAGGAUCGGAAGAGAGCCAUUCUAUGCAGUUUGAUCAUCUUGUUCUACCUUGCUUUAGUAUUCAAGAAAUUCAUUACCAGAAGAACAAGGUUCACAUCGGUGAUUUCAAUUGUGGCAAUAUUGAGUUGCAGUAUUGUGGUUUAUUUGAAUGACAUUUCAAAGCUCAGUGAAGCCUAUGUUUUAGAUUGUGUUUGGAAAGCUUGGAACUUUGCUGCCCAGGUAAUCUUCACCAGCUAUUCACAGUAUAUUGGGGCUCACAAAGGGGACAAUUAUAUAGGUUGUUGUAACUUUUAAUUUAGCUCCUUAUUGAAAGCUAUCACUGGUCGUGGUUACAAGUAUUAGUAUUUUGUCAUGUUCAAGCCAUUGGAAUGGCUGAGGUCGAAUGGUUUUGGAGUAAUGUUUCUAGUGGACUAUAUCAUUGAAGUUUGUGA